UAUCUAACUUUCUAAUUAACGACAACGUGUCGCUACGUGUUACGUAGCUUUAAAUCCUAUACUACUUGUACCUAUAGAUAUAACGUAACGCGUUAAGCGUCAGCGACAUCCUUGUGUUGGGAAAUUUAUAAAAUAGGCAUACAUUGCCAAAAAUGCUUAAACGCGUUCCCUCACUUCGUGUCACUUUGUUCGUCCACUAUUAAAAUCGUUACUUGCAGGUUCGCUCGGAAUUAUUCGAUACGAGAGAGAGAGAGAGAGAGGCGCGAGACGUUAUCAACUCUUGAUACUUCGAUAAACAUGGGAGGAGCUGUGAGCAGUGGACAAGACAAUGACGAAUUAGUAGAUAAUUUAAUGGUAUCUGGAUAUAUCAGAACAAAGAAAGUAGAGCAAGUUUUUAGAGCUGUGGAUAGAGCCGACUAUGUCCUAUCUUCUUGCCGAGAAGGCGCUUAUAAAGAUUUAGCAUGGAAACAUGGAAAUAUACAUUUAUCUGCACCCUGCAUAUACAGCGAAGUAUUGGAAGGACUCAGUUUAGAACCUGGUUUAAGUUUCCUAAAUCUUGGAUCAGGAACCGGCUACCUUAGUACAAUGGCAGGAUUAAUAUUACAACAACAUGGAACUAAUCAUGGCAUUGAAUUACAUGAAGAUUGUUUAAAAUAUGCAUAUGAAAAAUUGGAGGAAUUCAAACAAAAGUCACUGGCUCUAAAUGAAUUUGAUUUCUGUGAACCAAUAUUUAUACAAGGAAAUUGUCUUAGUGUCAUACCUGGUAGACAAUAUGACAGAGUGUAUUGUGGAGCAGGAUGUCCCGAAAGCCACGAAGCAUUUAUUAAGCAAUUUGUGCGUGUUGGAGGUAUAUUAGUAAUGCCUUACAAAGAUGAAUUAUUACGUGUGCAAAGAAUGGAUGAGAAUGUAUGGACGCAGUACACAAUGCUUCCUGUAUCGUUUGCAACUCUAGUCAUACCUCCAGCCUCAGAACACAAUUUAUUUCAUCUACCGGAGUGCAACCCUUUACCUUUGCAAGAAUUAUGUCGUGGUAAGAUUCGUUAUUAUCUACGUCAAAAUAUCUGGCGUGAACAUCCUGAUCUUGAGACCGAGAAGCCUAUAGUACCAGUACAGCAAAGACAAAAUCCGCAACAACGUACUCUCAGACGUUUCGUAAUUCCCAUUUUUGAGGAAUCCGAUGAGGCCUUAACUGACGACGAACAAGAAAUUGGACGAGCGCGUUUCUUAUUGAAUGCGCGUCUUGCUGACGCGCAUCCUGGAGAAGCUAUUACGACGACUCUGCAAUUAGUACGAGCCGUCAUACAACCGAAUCAGAACGAUAGUGAAGAAAAUCAACGGGUUUUGAGAAACGUUAGCGAAGAUACUCGUGACACUGCUAUGACUACAAGUUUUCAUGUACGUCAACAAAGACGAAAAUCAUCCGUGAAGAAUUCAUCUUCAAGUACAAGCACAGACGGCACAAGCGCCGCAGGUCACAGUUCCAGUACUGUGAAUGCAGACAUAAACGAUAACAAUAACGAGCAGGGCGAAAGAGAUGCAGGAAAAUCGACAACCGCGUAUUCUAACAUGAGUGACAGCGACAGUGACGCCGAGCAGGAGAACGCUUUCGUGCAACGCAAGAAAAUCGCGAAACGCGAGAAGACGGAUAGCGGUAUAGUAGACGAUAUAAACUUUAGUAAUGAGGACGGUAGUUCUAGCUCGAACACCAAUCACUCCGAUUCCGACAUCACCGAUACAACAGACACAGGUGACGCGAUGGAUUUAGUGCUGCCCGACACUUACAACUCUUGCAGAACUACAUGUUCUCGUUCGUCGAAAGACUCUACCUCCCGCAAGAAUGCAACUGUUGUGCACUUUGUAGACAGUAACGCGUUCGCUGCUUACAUGUGGGAAAAGAUACAACAGUUACCAUUGCCUUUUUCAAUAAAACUGUACAUGAACUAUAAUCGUAAGGUAUAAGCGAAUCACGUUAUUCUUAUUUAAAAAAGAAUACAUCACAUUUAUUAUGCACUGGUUUUUUUCUUUCGUGUAUGCAUUUCACAGAUUUGUAUCCACAGUGAAUA